AAAUGCCUUUCUUUCAAUUCUUUUGUCUUGCUCUUUCAUGUUUUAAACCUUAAUAGCAUAAGUUAUUAUGGAAAGAUUGGUCUUCUCGCACAACAUGAACCAUUUACUGACAUUUCGCAGAGCUUGAGAAGCUUCUAGUUGGGACUCUGUUAUCGUUGCUUGCAAAGAGGACAGUCUAUGGUGGUGACCGUAAGCGAAGGAGCUGCUGCCCCUCCCAUGAGGAUUAUUAACUAUCCCAAAAAGGAACCCAGCCAAGCCGACAGCCCCACUUGGAAAAUUGGUAAGGAAGCUUGGAUUUUUCCCUUCUUUUCUUGUCCAAAAACCGGAUUUGGAGCCUUGGAACCUUCUCCCCUUGCUGGAAAUUCCAGAUCUGUUCUGCUCUGCGUCUUCCUCCCUUGCUAUCCGCGAAUUUCUGUUGGUGUGGGUGGCGAAUUUUCCGGUUUUUGGAUUUUGGGUAAUUCCGUGAGUUUCCCUGCAGAUUGCCGCCGGCUUCUCCCCCAGCCAAGCUCGGUUUCUGCAGCUGGAAAAUUAUGGUUUCUGAUCGUUCUGUCAGUUUAGCACUGAGAUCGAAUCUUCGGUUUAUGUGAGUGAGGAAACGAAACCGAGGAUAGGAAACCAUGGGAAGUGACGAGUUAGAAGGCUAGCCAUUUUGAGAUUGAUAUAGAUUUUAGAUAUAGAUCAUGAUUUUGUAAACUAGAUUUUAAUUGGAGAUUUUAUAAAUUUAUUGAAUGAAU